UGUGGGGGAUAGGCCACGCCGCGUGUCAAUUCGUAGUUCGUUUCCCCUCACUACUUUCGGAGUUUGGUUCGUUUUCUUCCGUAUCUCCGUUUUUCUUCGUCGGCCUUUCUUUUUCUUUCCUGCAACAAGAUGAAGAGAGGCAGAGGAGGUGUCGGUGGCAGCAAGAUGAGGGUGACCCUCGGUCUCCCCGUCGGCGCCCUGAUCAACUGCUGCGACAACAGUGGCGCCAAGAACCUGUACAUCAUUGCCGUCAAGGGCUGGGGCAGCUGCCUGAACCGCCUCCCCGCUUGCUCGCUCGGCGACUUGGUGCUGGCCACAGUCAAGAAGGGGAAGCCCGACUUGAGGAAGAAAGUUCACAUGGCGAUUAUCGUCCGACAGAGGAGAGCGUGGCGUCGCGCGGAAGGCUACUUCAUUUACUUCGAGGACAACGCGGGCGUUGUCGCAAACAACAAGGGAGAAAUGAAGGGAUCUGCUGUCACUGGUCCCGUUGGAAAGGAGUGUGCUGAGCUGUGGCCCAAGAUCUCUGCGGCGGCCACUGCGAUCUGCUAAACUCUUCGUUUUUCGCUUUCUCCUUGUUCAACUCUUUGUCCAGAGUCUCUCGGUGUCCCGGUCUCGCCGCGACGCAAAGAAAGGUGUGGCGUGUUCGGAGGGAAAAGUCAGACGUGGAGAGCACAGUGGACUGUGAGAGACAACUCCUUUUCUUUUCGUUCACAAACAGACGGGGCCUCUUGCCAACGAGGAAACGCUGGAAAAAAUCGCAGCCACGAGACGCGCCUUUCUGCAACAUCAGGC